GGCGGCGCGAGGAUGCCUUCCUGGCCCAACAGCAACGAGACAUCCGACGCCGACGAUGACGAGUACAUGGAUGAGUACAGCAGCAUGCAAAUGGAGUAUUUUGUAAGUGAGCUCACUCUGUUCUCUCCUAUGCUAGGGUUAGGGUUAGGGUUUGAGCUCACUCUGCUCUUCCAUGUAGUUCUUAUGUGUGAGGUGUUGUGGCUGAUAUAUAUGGGGUUGGUACUGCAGCAAACUCCUGACACGGUGAUAGAUCCAAGUUUCAGUGGGCUUGUGGUUGAAUCUGACCGUAAGUGCAUCCUGCACAGGCAGAGACCAGGCAGGUUUGUGGCAUUUGAAGGGACUGACACUGGAAGGAGAUUCAUUGGAUGUGCUACUACGGAUGGUGUGAACUGUGGUGUUCUGGAGUGGGUAGAUGCCCCUUGGCCAGUAAUUCUGUAGAGGUGUUUAACCAAGCUGUGGGAUAUGUAUCAUGAGGAGAACCUUGGUAGAGUCCAAGACAAAGAAGCUCAUGAGAUAGAGGUUGAGAAACUGAAUAAGGAGCUGGAUUCUCUUGCCAAUCAGUUCAGUCAGCUUGUGGAUGAUGUAUCCAAGCUGUUUGAUUACCAGGAUGGGCAAAAAUCCCAUGACAUGGAUUACACAA